AUGCAGCAAAUGCUGCCAAUGCAGGCGGUCUUUUCCUCGCUGCUGUCUCUAUUUCUGCGCUUCACCACUCCUCAGCCUUCUCUGGUGACGACCUUCCACGUGCCACGCCGCCUGCGUUGCUGCCUCUACUAUCCUCCUUCCUACACAACCACAAGCAAGCGACCAUACCCUGUGUACAUCAACCUGCAUGGAGGAGGGUUCGAUGCUGGGACUCCUGAGUCCGAUGGCGAGUUUUGUGCGUUCCUUGCUGAGAGAGCUGACUGCAUAGUCUGUUCGCCAGAGUAUAGACUGGCUCCAGAGUACCCCUAUCCAGCAGCAUUACAGGACUGCCUGGCAGCUUUGGAUUGGGUCGAGCAGACACUUCAACCCCCUCGAAUCGCUUUGGAAGGCUUCAGCGUUGGGGGAACAUUUGCUCUAAGUGUGGCUCAGCUGCAAACAAGCAAGCUCUCUUCUGUAGUAGCCGUCUUUCCUAGUCCCAUGGACCUGUCUGAAAACUCCGUCCAUGACUUUACCAACAAGGACCCUAUGAAGCGAAACAUGUAUCACGAGGCGUAUCUGCUGUCUACAAGCCGAGACAGCCUGACCGACCCGCUCCUGUCCCCAGCAUACGCCGUUCGCUCAGAGCUCCCGCCUUCGGUGCUCUUCAUUGCGGCACGCUUUGACCCCAACAUUCAGGAUCUGCUCAAGUUCAUGGAGAAGAUGAAAGCUGAGAAAGGCUUCAUUGGGAAAGUGUACGAAGACGUCUUCCAUGGUUGGGUGAACGUCCCAGACUCUUUGGGGUUCUUUCUGGGGGCAGAGAGGAAGGAGAAGAAGUGGGAUGCUUUCAGGCUGAUUGCUCAGGAGAUCAAGAAAGGUUUCUAUGUGUAGUUUCCCGGUUCUUGACACAACACCGGACUGUACCUAGGAAGCAAGCAUUGACUAAUUAGCAGCGGGACAGGCGUCAGCUAAAUAUUCGUAACUACCUUGUAAGAACAAGGACCGGAGUGACUAGGUUUUGAGAUGCUUGCCCCUUGAUCCAGACUGUCACAGUUCCCUGUUUUGUAAGAUUAAACAAAGUGUGGACAAAGAGUAUUCGGAAACGUACAAGAGGUUUCCGAAGCAUAAUUGGACAAUAGAAUAAGUAUGAAUGCUUAGGCUAGUUACUUCCUGUACAGUUUUGGAAAACCUUUGUUUCCAAAAAAUGUCGAUUCUCUCUCCUACAGUUUUCAACAUUCUGGCCAGAUUGGAAUUCACGUCGGCUUG